CACCACCUCUCCUCUUCAGUUCUCUCCUCUCCUCCUCCACAUCUAUCUAACACGUCCAUCGUCACUAUCACCGAGUUUGAUCUCGAGCGCACUGCGAUAUUGCUUAUCUGGCUCAAUUCUCGCGCAUUGUCGUUGUCCAGCUAUCACGGGACACCUCCUACGCAACUCCGCAUUGUGCGACAAACCUUUUGCGCCUACUACAAAACCCCUCCAAAUCAAUCAUCAUGACCUCCUUCAUCGAUUAUUCAAAGAACACCAGGUCGAAGAAUUACCAUGGAUCCGGCUCAUUUGCCACCUUUAUGAUCAUCGCUCCUGUGUGCUUCUUCCUGGGCAUCCUUUUUGCCUCAUUCCCUUACGACUUCCCUCUUCUAUGGACCAAGGCUCCUGUGCCCGAUAACUUCUUUGAUCACCUCGAAACACAUCUGAAGUUUGUACACCAGUCUCCGGCGCUCAUUAGCCGUAUCCUCCACAUUGUCAUCUCUAUCGGCUUCAUCGGUUUCUUUAUUAAGCUCUUCCGCCCCAGUGAGGCCAACUUCCUGUUUGACGGCGCGUCCCUCAUUCUCUACCUGAUUGGUUUCGGUGUCUACGUCGCCAACAUUGUCAAGGCUCUCCGAAGUGUUAGUGCCGAGAUCUGGACCAACGACGGCUUCGAUGGCAAGACUCACGAGGGUGAGAGCGGCGAGCUUAUUCUUGGUCGUGAGGACAGCUUGAAGGUUCUUUCGGCCAGCAAUACCAUUCUUGCCCUUGUUCUUGUUGGCAUUCUCGUUCUGCAAGUCGGCGAGUGGUAUGCCGAGAAGAAGGAGGCUGAUGACGCCGCCGCUGUCGAUGCCAAGGAGGCCUCUGAAAAGAAGGAGGGUUCCCCUAGCAAGGCCUCCACCAAGAAGAAGCAGUAAAAUGCUCUUUCAGUGUAGCAUCGCAAUGUCAGGGUUAACGACUUCUGGGUUCGGGUGGUUAUCUGGAUAAGUGCGUUGAUUGCACACAAAUGCACUAGUCACUGUAUAACUUGUAAAUUAUUUAAUCGACAUCCCGUGCGCUUCCCCAGUUGUCACUCUGUUCUUCAUUCCGAUUUAACCCAACAUCACCACCUUAUAGAAUGAUAAGAAGCGAUGGACUCUAUCAUUAUGAGCUCUCGUACCAAUCACUUCAGGAGGCAUAUACGAAUAUACAGAUCCAGGAAGCAGUGUGCAUGACAGUCGGGUUUCUGUACGAAGCAAUAUUCAAUCUCAAUAAGCAUAAAUGCACACGCGGGAGCCAACACGGCCCCUCGUUACUUAACUCUAACAACGCAGUCUAUUUCGAGCUUUCGAUGAAUUAUAGCACACCACAUUAUUACACGAAUCAUACAGACAUUUUCAUCGCAAUUGUCUUAUGAGGGUCGUAGCCCUUAAUGGUGAAAUCUUCCGC